AUGCUUGAUCGCCGAGCAGAAGCCCACCCAGACCGCGUGUGGGUUAGACAUCCCGUCGGUACUUCGUAUACCAAAGGCUUUCAAGCAGCAACUUACGGCCAGAUGCGCACCGCUGUUAAUCGCGUGGCCCGUCUUUUGAAAGAUAAGCUUGGAGAGAGCCAAUCAUUCGAGACGUUGGCCUAUGUUGGCCCCAACGAUCUACGGUAUCAUAUUGUCCUUGUGGCUGUCAUUAAACUGGGAUAUAAGGAGCAGAUGUUCUUCCCCUCUCCACGCAAUAGCAUUGUGGCCCAAAAAGAGCUUAUAGCGCGCACCAAGUGCAGGAUUCUAUUAACGCCCGACCCUGAACCACCCCUGGUGACCGGUUUCGUACGCGAGAACACUACGAGCACGAUACAGAUUCCAUCACUCAAAGAAUUGUUCAAGCAUGAUGACACAAUCAUCCCUUAUGUCUAUGUUUACGAGCAAAAACCCCUUGAUGUUAUUCGCGAUCAGCCUGUCCUGAUCCUACACACCUCAGGCUCAACAGGAAUUCCAAAGCCCAUAAUUUAUACACAUGAAUUCUUUUGGCGCAUCGUCAGAGCCAACACCCUGCCCGCUCCUGAAGGAACUAUGCGGAUUAAUGACCUCAUCUUGCGUGGCGAGUUCUUUUCAUUGCUACCGGCUUUUCAUAUUGCAGGCAUUGGGUGGGGCCUCCUUCUCCCAUUAUUCAAAGACAGCAUCCCCGUGCUUCCUCUGCCCGGCCGACCGCCGUCGACUGCUGGCUUCUUGAAGCGGUGCGAUACGGACACUUUGACUGGGCCUUCAUGCUACCCACCGGGUGGUGCUCUUCCCCCGAGUGCCGGAGAGUGUGCUGUCGCUUCAGGAAUCUCAGUCUACUCAGGCUUGGGAUCAAUACGUCGAUCGUCGGAUUUUCCUGACGCGCAGUCUGUUUUUGCCCUCUCGCCCGAUCUGGAAGAGUUUGAGACGCGUGAUCUGUUCAGCCCACAUCCAGAGCUGCCAGACCUGUGGAUGCACCGUGGUCGUCGAGAUGAUCUCAUCGUCCUGCUCAAUCGCGAGAAGACUAAUCCAAUCUCAUUCGAGGCUGAGAUCACCGCGCAUCCCGACGUGCGUGGUGCCUUGGUGGCUGGCAACAAACGUGUCGAGGCUUGUCUCAUCGCGGAGUCCAUCCCAGAAGCGCUUCAACAGGUGGCAGAGGAUACUUCAGCCAAGGAGAAUUUUGCCCACAAGAUCUGGCUACUGUUGAGGAAGCUAAUCGCCAUUGUCCAGCUCAUGCCCGGAUCGCCCGGCACUAUACAACGCGCGGGAACUCUUCAACUAUAUGCCGAUCAGAUUGAGGCACUCUAUAAUGAGAGUGAAUCAGUAUUGCCGUCUGAUACGCCACUUAGUCGGGAGUAUGUCACGUCUGCCCUGCGCUCGAUGAUGAGAGACGUUAUGGAAUCGUCUGAUCUUAACGACGAACUUGAUUUCUUCAAUCAGGGUAUGGACUCGCUUCAGCUACCGCGGCUGAGUGCGGCCAUCCGAUCACGCCUUGGUGCUUCUAUCUCUCCUUCGGUCAUUUAUCGCAACCCCUCAAUCACCUUGUUGACCACCCAGAUCUGCCAAGAUACAACGGCAGAUGCCGGACAGGAUCAAACGGUUGUAUUUCAAGAGAUGCUACAGCACUAUGAGGAACAGAUUGACCAUCUCGCUUUGGAGCCUGCAGAGCCAUCACCUGAGUCUAAUCAGACAUCCAAAAAGACUGUCAUUCUCACUGGCUCUACUGGAACAGUGGGAUCCUUUGUGCUAGCACAGUUGUUGGAUAACCUUGAAGUCGCCCACAUCUCCUGCCUCAACGCCAUACUAUGGACUGGAAAUCGCAACUUCCAGGCUCUAUUACGCGAAGCAACGCAAAUCAUUCACGGUGCCUGGCCAGUCGACUUCAAUCAACCACUGCCUUUCUUCCAGCCCAGUCUACAAGCACUGCGCUCCUUCCCUCUCAUCAAUAAAAGCGCCGUCAGCUCCGCUACCGGAAUCAUCUCGGAGGAUAUCCUCCCAGAACUGACCUCCCCGGCUCCCAUGGGCUAUGGGCAAAGCAAAUAUCUCGCAGAACGCAUUCUCGCUCACGCAGCAACCACUCUGCCACAUAUACGCCUAGUCGUAGCGCGCAUCGGCCAAGUCCCAGGCCGAGCUCAGGGUCCGGAAGGAGCUUGGGCGCGGACUGAGUGGCUACCUAGUCUGGUUAUCAGCUCGUACCAUCUCGGUGUCCUGCCAGAUUCUCUAGGCGGUGGCCGGAUGGAAAUGGUCGACUGGGUGCCUGUUGAUGAAUUGGCAGUAAUUCUGGUCGAGCUCUCCAAAGCUUUGAGUAUAGGAACGGGUGCGUUGUCUGUCUUUCAUUGUGUCAAUCCGGAAAUUGUUGCAUGGCAAGAUCUAGUUCCUGCGACUGUGGAGGAAUUGUCAACGCUGGGGAAGAAGGUAGUGGCCGUUCCGUUCGAGGAGUGGCUGACGAGGCUGCAAAAAAGUGCAGGUGAACUUAAUCAGGACGGAGUGAAUAUGGACGCGUUCUUUUCCCAGAAUCCUGCGGUGAGGUUGCUGGAAUUCUAUCAUCAGCUCCUCGUCACCGGUUGGGAGAAAGGAUCCUACGGCAGACUGGCAAUUGAUAAAAGUGUAUGCGAGAGUCAAACGCUGGCUGGCCUGCGUCCAAUCCAGCCGGAGUGGAUGCGCAGGUGGAUUGGUGAAUGGAUCAGCAAUUGA